CGCCAUUUGUGUCUGGACCCACCUUAAGGAAUCUUGAAAUAUUUUCGUAUAAGAAUCUCAGCUUCAUCGAUCGGAGGAAGAAAGAACAGAACAGAGAAAGAAAGAGAGAGAGACAGAGAGAUAGCAAUGGAGAUGAAGAGAGACCUUAGAGUGGAGGAAGAGAACAUGUGUACGUCUUUGUUGACUGCAUUCGUUGUUCUCUCGAUGGCUUGUCUAAAACAUUUCUACUCUGUAUCUUAUUUGAUCGAGCAAUGGCGUUCUUUAGUAUUUCUUCUACUCAACGUUGUUCUCUUAGCCGUUUACUUCACAUCGACUCGUCCUGUUUCCGGCAAGACUCAUCACAAUUUCAAGACUCGUCGAGGAGGUGCGUUGAGGAUGAUGCGAGAGAGGAAGAGUAAGAAGGCCAAGAAGACAAGGGUAGUGGAGGAACCAGCUUGUUCCGUUGUCGUGGAGCCUAAGGAAGUGAUCAAGAACUGUAUCGUGGAGGAGACGAGAAGUGUAUGUCCCGAGUUCGAGGACACUGUGAAAGAUUGCUUGCUUCACAAGGAUUCAGUAGACUCUCAUGACAAAGAAGAUGAAUCUGAGCCAGGGAGGUUAUCCAACGAGGAGCUGAACGAGAGAGUAGAGGCCUUCAUCACAACGUUCAGGCAACAUUUGGUACUUGAUGCAAGAAGAGGUAGAGACAGAAAAACUAACCAGAAGAUGCGAACAAAAGACUCUGACAUUAGCAUUUUAGGUCGGGAGGUCACUUGUUCUGUUUAAGAGUUCCUCUAAAAUCUUUUUUUGGUAACUGAUUUAAUGUCAUAAGAACCCAAAUACUAUAUUGAACAAUGUAGCUUCAGUAUCUUGAUAGGCUUUCACUAAAGUUGUUAAG